AUGCGCAUCGCUCGCAAGCGUGGGCUGCUUCUCGAAGCCUUGCCCAGCUCUGGUAGGGAGCUGAGAGAUCUGGCAUCCAAACACCCAAACCUGGUUCUUGUGAAGCUGGAUGUUGCAAAUCCCUCAGCUAUUACUGAUGCAGCAAAGAUUGUGGAGGGGAAGCUGAACGGCAUGGGCUUGAACCUGCUAAUAAACAACGCUGGCAUCUAUACUCCGUCGUCGUCGCUGGAGACAGCAGACACAGAAGACAUGAUAAGGACGUACAAGACCAAUGCGGUGGGGCCGAUGCUGAUGGCCCAGGCGUUCCUGCCCCUGUUGAAGAAAGCUGCCCAGGCAAGCACAGAAAAGGGGCUGAGCUGCAGCAAGGCAGCUAUCAUCAACAUCUCCAGCAUCAUGGGGUCCAUUGAGAAAACACCCGAGUCCUUCUUCAAGCCUGUCAUCUCCUACCGCUGCAGCAAGGCUGCCCUCAACAUGCUUACCAAGUGCCAGGCUCUGACCUAUGGGAAAGCCGGGAUCCUCUGCGUGGCACUUCACCCUGGCUGGGUGAAAACCGACAUGGGCAGCCAGGAGGCUGACCUGACGGUGGACACGAGCGUCCGGGGGCUGCUGUCCGUGCUGCCAACCCUCUCUGAGAAACACAGUGGGACCCUGCUCAACUGGGAAGGUAAAGCUAUUCCUUGGUGA